CGAAACAACGCAAGACCGGCCAGACCGGCGAGAGGGUCAAUGUAAUAAUGCAAAUAAAAAGUGUUCCAGCGGCAAGUCAUCACAUGUGGACGGAGCAUUUAGUUAAAGGACUGCUUCGCAAAGGCCAUCAUGUGCACACAGUGAGCGUACUGGAGACUAAGGUUGAGGGGAAACUCGCAGAAAACCUAACGUACGACAUCUUCGAAGAUGUGUUUACGUCUCACGACAAAUUUCAAGAUUACUGCCUUGACCAAUGGGAGCAGUUCAACGAAUUCUAUAUGGCUUAUGUUGGAUAUUAUUGGGGUAUCACAAAAUGCGAUACAGUGAUAAAAACUAAAGCAGCAAAAGAACUGUUGGAAAGGAUCAAGGCUGUCGAGUUUGAUGUUAUAGUACAAGACAUGACUGUACAGGAAUGUUUCUAUGGAUUGUGGGAGGAUGCUAAGGGUAAGCCACCGAUAGUAGGCUAUCUUCCGUAUGCCAGUGCACCUUGGCUCAAGGAUUUGACCGGUGGUCCAAGUUAUCCAACUGUUCGACCUUAUACCAAUUCAGAUAUUGCGAAACCUGUAGGUUUGUGGCAGACUACGUGGAAUACUUUAUAUUUCAUACUGGACGAUCUUCUGCGACACUAUUAUUUCUUGCCUAACAUUCAACGGAUUGCUGAGAAAUAUGUAGGCCACGCAAUCAGGCCAUUACAUGAAAUAGAAAAAGACAGUAUUAAUAUACUUUUAAUUAAUAGUUAUUGUGCAUUUGAGCUUGCAAUUCCAUUACCGCCGAACAGUUUGGAAAUUGGGGGAUUGCACGUACAGCCGAUUGCUGGAGAUGAAGUCGUAACGUAUCCCAAGAACGUGCAUGUAUUUCUUGAUGAAGCAAAGAGCGGAGCCAUUGUAAUAUCGUUUGGAACAAAUGUGAGAUGGAAAUCUGUCGGGCUAGACAAGAUUAAGGCCGUUAUAUUGGCUCUGUCGAAAUUGAAACAACGAGUGCUUUGGAAGUUAGAUAUUGAAGGAGAUAUUGGAGCGUCAUUUCAAAUGCCGGACAACGUAAUGGCACUGAAGUGGAUACCACAAAAAGAAGUUUUGUCUCAUAAAAAUGUGAAAGCAGUCUGGAUGCAUGCUGGUCUUCUUAGCACCCAAGAAGCCAUUUGGGAAGGUAUACCAAUGAUUGUAACGCCUUUCUUUAUGGAUCAAAAGUCUAAUGCUGAAGUAUUAGUGGCUAAAGGCGUUGGUAUACGCUUAGACUUUAAAAUUUUAUCUACACAGUCCGUACUACAUGCAAUUGAAAAAAUACUUUACAAUAAAAGCUAUACAAGAAAUAUGAAACGAUUAUCCAGUGAAUUCCGGGACCGGCCAAUACCACCAUUAGAUUUAGCUGUUUGGAGUAUUGAAUACACCGCUCGUCAUCCAAAUGGAAGUUUAGCAACGCUACUUAGAUCUCAGAGCUGGAUGGUACAAAAUCAAAUCGAUGUCUACGCAGUUUUGUUCCUUAUUUUCUUCAUAAUAUUGUUGAGUGUAUACUUUUUAACAAGAAAAUUAAUUAAUUUUUGCUAUAAUUAUACAUAUAUUGUAUUUAAGUUGCGCAAAAGCAAACAAGCUUAAACUGUCCCACACAGCACAGAAAGAUUGCAGGAAGAUUGCAGAAAUGUUACAUUG